AUGGAAAAAACCAUUAGAACAACAGCAAAAGAGACCUUGGGGGUGUCGUCGGGUAAACCAAAAGUGUUCCAAGAGUCGUGGUGGUGGAACAAUGAGAUGGAAAAGAAGAUAAAGGAUAAAAACAAGAAAUUUAAGGAUUUUCUGGCAUGCACGGAAGAUGAGGAUAGGAUAGAAAAGAGAGUGAGCUAUAAAGAAGCAAAGCGGGCUGCAAAGAAAGCGGUAACGGAGGCAAAAAGCCGUGGUUAUGAGGACUUGUAUCGGAAGCUUGACACCAAAGUUUUGAUUCUACUUAUUUAUUUUAUUUAUUUGCAUUCCUUUUAUCUUUUUCGUGUGGCUACGUCUUAUUAUCUUUCUCAAACUAGGGGACUCCUUUGGUUGCGCUCUUCUUGA